AUGUCUCAGCCUCUCCAUAAAAGGGUAGUUUCUGUUAACCUCUCUCAGAGUGCAGUGCACAAAGCAAGCAUGAAGAUGAAGCAUCUAUCCUCCAUUGCUCAUGAUGUUAUCCACAGAUGUGCCCAAAAAUUGGAUACUUCUGUGGAAAAAUUAGUGGUAGAGUUUGAAGCAGGAUGGAAGCAGGAAAUAGGUGAUUAUUCAAGGAAAUUAGUGGAAUUUUGUUGCUCAAAGGCACUUAAUGUAGAGUGUCCAUAUAUAAAAGAAAAAAUCAGUGAUGGAUCAUUUAGCCGGUUCACGUUUGAUAUGAUGCUGGCGAGGGAGAUGCCUACCUCCCAGGAUGAGGAAUCUCUUAUGGAGCAAAUGGGGAAGGGAAGAGAGGACAGGAAAAUACCAGCACAUGUUCCUGAAGAACAAGAUGAAAUCCCUCUUUUCUAUACGGACCUUAUGCCACUUCUUGUUAAUGAGGAGCCAAGCGUUGGAGAAGAUGCAUUUGUUUGGUUCGGAUCAUUGGUUCCAUUAGUUGUGGACGUUGUUAAUGGGAGAUUUACAUUUGAAACUCUAACAGCACCUACAGGCCACCGGCUCUUUUUUCCUGGUUACAACAAGUUCUUGCAAGAAAUUGACAAAUGCAUAAAGCAUUUGCAAAAGCAUGCAAUGCCCAAGGGUGUGGAGCUUGCUGAUUACGAGUUUAUACUCCAUGUCGAAGGCACCGCAAGCUCACAAAGAGUAGUGCGACAUGUUGGAGGAACAAGUUGGCCUGGUAGGCUUACUCUGACCAAUUAUGCUCUCUACUUUGAGGCUAUGGGAGUGAUAAAUUAUGAAGAUGCACUUAAGAUUGACCUUUCGAAGAACAUAGCACACACUGUGAAGCCAGAGGCCACUGGUCCAUGGGGUGCUCCAAUUUUCGACAAGGCCAUAAUUUACGAGUCUCCUGAACUAUCGGAAGGAAUUCUUCUAGAGUUUCCAGAGAUGACAAGUUCCACAAGACGUGAUCACUGGCUUGCGCUUGUCAGAGAGAUUAUGCUAAUGCACCAGUUCUUGUCAAAGUAUAAUGUGGAAUGUCCAAUACAAGCAUGGGAGAUGCAUGCAAGAACAAUAUUUGGAAUCAUAAGGCUACAUGCAGCUAGAGAAAUGCUUAGAAUAUCGCCCCCUUCUCCCACAAAAUUCUUAAUUUUUGCCUUGUUUGAUGAGUUACCCAAGGGAGAUUAUGUGCUAGAAGAACUUGCAGAGAGCCUGAAGAAAGUUAAUAGUGGGCAUCCAUGCAGCGCUAGCUCGAUUCUAAGAAUCAUGAACAUGUCUCAGUCAGUGCUUCCAAGUGUAGAAGUUGAAGCAGUGGGAAAGGAAUGCACAAGUGCAAGUGGCCAAGAAGAUAUUCCCUCCACAUUGGAGAGUGCUAUUAAUCAAGUCAGAGUGGAAGCAAAGGAGGUCGAAAUUGCCAAAGCUACUACCGAGGGGUUGAAAGAAGAAGGGAUUGGGGAAAGUGCCACCAUUCUGAUGGAGUUGCUGAAGCCACUGAAAAACGUGGCCCCUUGGUUUCAAGAAGUUAUUUCAUGGAGAAGACCAGCCACCACCCUGACCGUGAUUAUUGCAUCUUUAGUAAUCAUCUACAAGGAGUGGGUUGGAAAGGCAAUGGCUGCUGGCUUGUUGUGGUUGGUAUUGAAGAUGAUUCUGGCAAGGUUUGGAAGAUCUCAAGACAAGUGCGUUGAGGUAGUAGUGUGCAGUGGCUCAGACCAGAAGACAACAAUGGAGAGCAUAGUAUCAGCUCAAUUUGGUUUGAAAAAUGUUCAUGAGAUGAUGCAGCUGGCAAAUAUAUCGAUAUUGAAAAUCCAGUCAAUCAUACAUGCAAAAGCACAUAAGCAAGCUGAUGUGGUGAUGGUGGCAAUGACUGUAAUCGCAAUAAUCUUCGCUGUGCUUCCCUUAAAAUACAUGCUCAUAGCCAUCACAUUACACAGCUUCAUCAUGACAUCAAAGCUAGGGAGGUACAUUGGAAAUGAACAGGGGAACAGAAGGCUAAAGGAAUGGUGGGAUUCAAUCCCAAUUGUCCCCAUUCGUGUGGUAGAUGACGCUUCUGAAUGCCCGCCAAGCCCAUCAUAG